GGGGUUGGCCGGUGGAGAAAUUAGAAAGAGAGAGAGUGAGAGAGAGAGAGAGAGAGAAGAGCGAAGGCACAGUGUAUUUGGUUUCUUGAGUUUCUGUUACCACCCUCAACACUGAUCGGUUCACUUCCUGUCACACACACACUCCUACACACAUUUACAUACACACACGCAACGUCACACAACACACACAAGCAGAACAUGGUGGUUUAGACCACAAAUACACACACAGAGUUGGCUGGACAGACAAACAGACAGACAGGAGGACCGGUUCCUUUCUUUCUAGAAGUUAACCCUUCUACAACACAGAUGGAAUUUGCCUGCAGUCACGUAGUGUGUAACUGGAACCCGGAAGGGAGUUUAAUGGGGGGGGUCAGAUGUGAUGGGGUCAGGUUUGAGUGUGUACCCCUGUAGUCCUCCAAGUGAGGGGGGGGACUACAGAUCCAGGUGUAGCCAUCAGACUGUCUGUCACAGAGCACAUGUACGACAACCGUAUCUCAGUCAUCCCUCAGCAAGAGCCAGGACUAGUGCCUCCACCUUUGCCCCCUCGACGGUUUGAGUCUCAGAAGUACCCCCGACGCACCUCUCUGCCUCCCCCACCUCCCCCUCUUUCCUCUCUGCCUCCCCCACCUCCCCCUCUUUCCUCUCUGCCUCCCCCCCUACCAGCCCGAGGUGCUGAAGGCCAAGGAGAGCAGAGCAUCAGAUUGAAGGCUAAUGUUAAUGUUCUCUCUCUCAGCGUUGGACGACUCGUAGAUAUCAGUAGAGCAUCUGGCAUCCAGACUACUCAGUGUCCCGUGAUGCGCUGUGGGAGAUGUAGUGCUGCCCUGUCUUCCCUGAGUUCUGUACAGAAUACACAGGAAACUGCCGUGUGGCUGUGUGAGUUCUGUGGUCUCCAGAACACCCUGUCUACUUCAGGUCCCGGGACUGGUUCCAAGUUGGGCUCCAGGGUUAGAGGGGCUCCUAGAGGGAGAGAUGUGAUCUACCUCCCCCUUCAGACUGACCAGGACUACGAGAACCUGGAGGAUGUGAUGGUGGUCUUCUGUGUUGAUAUAUCUGGGAGCAUGAGUGUUACCUCUGAGGUCACCCCAGGGAAUGCUAUGAGGUCAGCAACCUAUGUCUCCCGACUACAGAGUAUUCAGGAUGCCCUCCAGAGGGCGCUGUCCUCUCUACUUAAGACUUCGCCUCACCGCCGAGUCGCCAUUGUUACCUUCAAUGACGAGGUAGUAGUGUAUGGUGAUGGUUCAGGUGUACCAGUCUCUCUGAGGGACUGGGCUCUUGUUGAUUAUGACUACCUGAGACAACAGGGUCAACAGUACAACACUCCACACUGUAUAGCUGAGAGCUACCAACACCUCUCACGGAGAGUCAAAGAGUUGCGAGAACACGGGGCUACAGCGUUGGGUCCUGCAGCCUUGGUCUCCGUUGCCAUGGCGUCUCGAUUCGUGGGGUCAAAGGUGAUCUUGUGUACAGACGGGCGAGCUAACAUCGGAUUGGGUGAGAUGGAGAGUCCCGCCCCUUUCUCCUCCCCCCAGUCACCUUACUUCUACAGACAGCUAGCCAACGAGGCAGCUAACAAAGGUGUGAUAGUUUCAGUAAUGACCUUUGAGGGCACAGACUGCAGGUUGGCUGAGGUGGGACUACUGGCUGACCAGACUGGAGGAAGGGUGAACAUAGUAAACAUUGGUACUGUAGCAACAGAGAUCCAGUCAGCUCUGGCCGACAACAUCUUAGCGACGGGCGUCACGGCAACGUUACUAGCAGCUGACGGCAUGUAUUUUCCCUAUGAGGAGUGUAACCACUGUCUAGUAAGGGAUAUAGGGAACGUAACAGAAGGGGUGGAGAUCACCUUUCAGUUUGCCUGCAAGCCUGAUAGUACAGAGAGUUUCAUGCGUAGAGACCGACUACCGUUCCAGCUACAGCUGUCCUUCACCACCAGAGAUCAACAGAAAGUAACACGCAUCAUCACUGAACAGAGACGGGUUACAACCAGCAGCUGGGUGUGGGCAGGCAGUCUGAACAUGUCAGUGUUAGGAGUCCACUGUGCCCAGCUGUGUGCCAGGUUAACUAUGAAGGGAAGAGUCCAUGAAGCACAGAGACAACUCAGAGCACAGCAAGACCUGCUCAAAGACAUCAGUGAGCAGAGGUCCAACCCAAAGGAGGAGAGUAUCUAUGGAAACUGGAUCAAUACCAUGACAACCAUCUGUGAUGACCUCACCACAGACUCCCAGUUGGCCCUCUCUGAUGAGGCAGCUAAGGUGGUGUACCAGAUGAAGAGAGCCAGCAGUGUGGGCCAGAGAAGAAGGAAACAGACAGACAUGGUGGCUCUGUGAGCCAGCAGUGUGGGCCAGAGAAGAAGGAAACAGACAGACAUGGUGGCUCUGAGAGGAGCCAGUCCAUAGCAGUCACAGGUGGCAGAGCCAGUUGUAGCAUCAACAGGCCAAACUGGUAGCCAUGUUAGAGACUGUCCAAGACUGGACACUCAAAUAACUCCUAAUGUACUACCUAAAUAUUAUAUAAAUAUGUGUCGUAUGAAUGUUUGGUACUGUACAUAAAAAUAUAUUAAGAUGA